GUUUCACUAUGUAUUACCCUCUAGACGUUUAUACCAUCUGCAUAUAAGUGAUGAUCUAAACAUUUAUAGCGAUUCGUUAACGUAGAGUAGGAAUAUCAAGAGACUUAAGUGAGUAACUUGUUGCACACCGUCUUUUACAGGCUUCCAUCCAGAUGGAGUGAAGCGUAAUCCCACUCCAUAUUCUUUCUGAUUGUAAAUUUCUUAUCCAACCCAAAAGUUAAAAAAUUACCUAAUGUUUUUAGGUGGAUUUCCCUUGCAAAAUCCAGGUACCAAUCAACGUUGAUCCCAAAAUAUGUAUAUGAGAGACUGUAUUAUUCAUCGCUAAUCAAAUGUUAGAGGAAAGACUACAUUUGGAGUUGGAAAAUCUAAAAACUGAUCUGACAGUGACUGCUCAGCAACUGAAUGCCAAGACACAAGCAGUUUCAAUUUUGAACGCCUCAUUGGAAAAGUGCGAAAAAGAGAGAAAUGAGUUCAAGAGAAUGGCAGAACAAGUAAUGAAUCGAUACCAGAUGCUUAAAAAAACUCUUAUGGAAUGUGAUAAAGCAAACCAAUAUUCUACCCCUGAUAUAAUGCAUUUAUCGACUAAACAACUUGCUUCUUUGUUAGUUGAAAGCAGAGAAGCUAACAAAAGUUUAGAACAUGAACUAAUGAAUUCUCGCGAAAAAAUUGAAGAACUCCAAGGAGAUAUUAAGGUGUUGAGGAGACAACUUAGCGAUCGUUCAUGUGAAAACCAGCACACAAUGGAUCCUAGAAUUUCUGGAAAUGAUCGCCAAACCUACGUAACUCAGUUGGAAGAGCUUACUUUUCAGGUUUCUGAACUCAAACGCGAAUUGGGGCAAUGUUUUGAUGAGAAGCAAGAAAUUGCAACGGAACGAGAUAUAUAUCGUAAUAAAUGUGAUCGACUGAACAAUGAAUUAAAUUAUAUUUUAAGUGGAGAUGAACGAAAAAUUCAAGAUAUCGAUACCUUAAUAACUGAAAGCAGAAUCUUGAAAGAGCAAAUCCAAUCGUUGGAAAUGGAAAAGUCUUUAGCAUUGAGCACAGUAACUAAAUAUAAAAAACUUUUAGAUCGAAAGUUGUCAAAAAACUCAUCAGUUAGCAGUGAAAGUUGUAUAACACCAGCAACUUCACCUAAACAUCAAGAGAAGACAAUUUGACAUGGAACAACAUUUCACUGAAGAUGCUCUUGAAACAGCUUUCAGAUGGAUGAGUAACCUGCAUUCGUAUUAUGCAUUCAAAUCAUGAUACCUUGAGACAUUGUCAUUCAACAUCGCUGUGAUAUAUAUACUCGUGUGAUUAUUAUUAUUAUUAGAAAAUUUCACCCAUUAGUAACAGUCAUUGUCAGCUUAUUGGAUAAAACAAUAUUUUAAUUUGUAAUAAAUUUGAAUAUUUUUUUAUAUUUUUAUGUAUAUCUUAGCACAAUGCAUAUGAAUUAUUAUUACUAUUAUGAUUAUUAUCUCUCCGCCUUCAUAUGUUUGCUCAUAAUAAUGCAUUUUGGGGUCAUAACAAUAGUAGUGACAAUAAUACUUGACAUGACCCUGACUUACGUCACGUCACAGCGUUCAGUAUAUUAACUGAACUACAAUUUGUGUUAUUUCUUUUACUUCUCUGAAAUUCUUCUUGUAUAAUAUUCAUUCAUAGCUUUGUUUUUUGUCUUAUUGAUGAAAAAAAUGUCAUAUCAUUGUAAAAUGAAACAAUUUCACCCUUUUCUCCGUUGUACUCGAUUAAAUUUGUAUUAAAUUUAAACAGUUAUCUGUG